AUGUCCAAAGUGCAAAAGCUGAAAGAUUUUGUGAACCAGAGACUGAGUGCAGCUGCUGAAGAGAUCUUUGAGCUGUUUGAAAGAACGAUAUUAGAGUACGAGGAGAAACUCUGUGGAUCUAAAGAGAAUCAACACAAACAGAUGAUCGGUGUUUACUACCCUGAAGUCCGCUCACACAGAGCAGGUUUGUUCUGAUUUCAUGUUAUUUUCACUUCAGUAAACCUGCUGUCAUCUGUUUAAAUGUUGGAAAUGACCUGGCUAAGGGAUAGAGGAUAUUUUCUUAAAACUAACAAAGUUAUUUAUACUUGAUUAAAAUGGACUCAACAGUUAUUUAAUAUCGGAGAAUCUGAAAACAAAACUUGAAAGAAUUAUAACUGAGACUGUUGUGAGAGUUUUAAAGAGUAUUAUGGAUGGACACAAAAGUUUUCUUCUAGUUUUUCUGCUGUAGAUGUUUUCCACCAGCAGAUGGCAGCACAAGAUGUCACCCCUCUGUGUUCACAGUUCAUCCUGUCUGACACACAGACUAUUUCUAAAAACCAGUCUGGAUAUUAUGUCUGCAAUAUUUCUUCUAAAUAUUAGAAGAAAAUCGGUUACUUCAUCAAAGUCCAUACCUUAAAAACUCAGUGGCCUCUUUUCAGUCAUUUCUGUUUCAUUGAGGUCUCAACAAGGAACCUUUUUGGGGGUUCCCGGGUAGUUAUUAGUAAAAGAAAAGUACUGAUUGUUAGGCUGAUUUUCUUUAGCCGGUCAUGUCAGCCUUCAGGGUGGUGGAGCUGUGUCACUCAAAUACCUCGGAUACUUUGGUGCUAGAUUUCUGGAGCCAUGGGCCUCCAACAACCAUCCUCAACAAGGACCUUGUACCCAUGUUUAACAUCACUCAGGCUCCUAAAAUAUGUUGUGCUUUGUUAUUACCCUACAUGGACUCUCCGAUUGGCCUCCGUAUUUAUCCAGUAGUAAUGUUUUGUCAAACUCUUUUAAAUGAUCCUGGUUCACUAAAGUUGUUAUUUUUCUCAGUUUCCCAGCAGCUGUUGGUGAGGAAAAGAGAGGCUCCUUCUGAGCAGCAGGAGAAAUAUCCACCAGAACCUCCACACAUUAAAGAGGAACAAGAGGAGCUGUGGACGGGUCAGGAGGGAGAGCAGCUUCAAGGAGCAGAGGAGGCUGAUAUCAUCAAGUUCACUUUCUUUCCUGUGAAGAAUGAAGAAGAUGAGGAUGAAGGGGAACCUGAGUCCUCAAACUUUAAACAAACCCAAACGGAUCAGAUCGGGGGAGCUGAUGAAGAGGACCUUGAAGGAUCAGAACCAGACAGGAUCUUUGAUUCAGGCCGUUCUUUAGAACCAGUUCUUCAUGAAGAGACUUCACACUCCUCUGAGACUGUGACUGAUGAGAGUCAUUAUGAUUGGGAGGAGACGAGUGAGUCCCAGUCAGAUUUGAACCCUCUACAAAACAACAAAGUACCUGCAAAUGAUUUGGAAGACAACACUGUAAAAAAAUCAUCUGUCUCGUCUGAAUGUGCUUCAAGCUUCGACCAAAAGGAACAACUUCAGCGACACAAGAGAAGCCAAAAAGGAGAGAAACCAUACAGCUGCUCAGUUUGUGGUAACAGAUACCACAUCAAAACCUCUUUAACCACUCAUAUGAAACUUCACUCAGAAGGAAAACGUUUCAGCUGCUCAUUUUGUAAAAAGUUAUUUCUGGCCAGAGCAGAGAUGGUGACACACAUGAGAGUCCACACAGGGGAGAAACCUUUUGGCUGCUCCAUAUGUGGUAUAAAGUUUGCACAAAGCUCAAACUUGACCUCUCACUUAAGAGUUCACACAGGAGAGAAACCCUUCACCUGCUCAGUUUGUGACACAAGUUUUAGCCUUAGAAACAAUUUACUUUUACACAUGAGGAUCCACACGGGAGAGAAACCUUUCAGCUGUUCGGUCUGUGGUAAAACAUUUGCUCUACAUGGAAAUUUGAGGAGACAUUUGAAUGUUCACACCGGGGAGAAACAGUACAGUUGUACAAUUUGUGGUCAAAGUUUCACACAACACGGAACCCUAAAAAGACACAUGACUGUUCACACGGGGGAGAAACCGUUUAGCUGUAAUAUUUGCGAUAAAAAAUUUGCUCGGCAAGAAUAUGUCAAAAAACACAAGUGUGUUGGUGAGAGCAGUGGAAACCAAGAGACUGCAAAAUAAGCUACGGUAAAACUUUGUGCAACAGAGGGGAAGUCACAUUUAUAUAAAGUAUGGCUUUAUUUUACAUACAAAACAGUUUACUUUUGAAUAUAAAAAUAAACAUCAAAUAAAUACUUAAAAGACUUUUAAUAUUUGUUAUAAAUUAUUUUCUGUAUCUGAUUUCAUUAAGAGGGUAAAAAACUAAAUAAUUAAAAGCAAAAUUAAAUUGAGGCCACACAGAGUCAGUCCAAGCCUCAAUGGGGCCCUAAGCAAAAUUUGAUUUUGGGGCCCUCUAUUUCUGCCAAUAAUAUUGAUUGUUGGUCAUUCACACACCUACUACAGCUGGUCUGACAUGUCUUUACACAUUUAAGGGGGUGGCCGAGGUAAUAACAUAAAUAAUACCAAUGCAGCCAUACAACUAAUACCAAUGAAUGACUGAUGAAUGAUGUUCAGGGGGCCACAUAUUGUUUUUAAUCUCAAAAUCUAACACAUUCAGGAUGCUCAGUGCACAUUGUAAAGUAGAAGGUACAUAACAGUAGCAGAGAUUUGACAUGUUGGCGGUAAGAAUCAUCGGCCUACAUCAGCAGCAGCACUAAAAUGUUUUUACUUUAUUUUAUUUUCACAAUAAUAUAUAUUUUAUCAUACAGAAAGCAUCACUCAUACAUGCAAAAAAAAAUAAAAAAUGAAUUAUAUAUUAUUGCUCUUGGGGCCCCCCUACUGGCCGCGGGGCCCUAAGCAGGCGCUUAGUUCGCUUAUGCCUUGGGCCGGCUCUGAGGCCACAAAAAGAAAUAUAUAAGACCUACUGUAUGAAUGAGGAUGUAACUUUAUUCAGCCAACAAUGAUAUUGUGUGGCCAUGAGAUGCAGACACAUGACCAUGACAUAAUCUUUAUUCACCAUCUUCAUGCAGAUUUUUUUAAACUUUAGUGUGGCUACCUCUGUGUUCGACUUACGAAGAUUUGAACAAAGUUUGUUUUAUUUUCAAGAGGUUUUAAUUUUUAAAAUGAAUUAAAAUCAUAUUAUAAUCAAGCUACAUGACAGAGAUUUCUUCUUCAUGUUUGUCCUGAUUACACCUGUACAAACCCUUCAGUUCAGUUCACACUCCAGUUUUUCUUGGUUGCAAUUACUUCAAGGGUUAAUUUUCUUUCUUACUCACCAGAUACCCAGAACAUGGGUCUGCAGGAAAGGUCUGAAGACACGAUAGUGAGCUGAGAUCUUUUAUUUUUAAUAUACCAAAGUAAUUCAAAGCACAUCUACACAGUCAUUCAUUCAUUUAUUCUUCUUUAAAUUAACUUCGUCUCAUGUCACAUUUUGUCUACCAGAUAAUUUUCAGUAAAAUAUUCGGAUCAGUUAAAAAAAAACUUUUAAUUUGAAGGUCAGACAUGUGCCCCGGAAGCACUGUUGACCUAAGUCGCUAGCAUGCUAACUCCUGUUGUGUGGCUCAACUUCUGUUACCUUCAGAGAGAAGAAGAGUUUGUCUAUGAGGACAAAGGAGCUUUACUGAAUUUUGAUUGUCUCAGAUUUUUCCUUUAAAAUCACAUCUUGACUCAGGAGGUUACACAAAGUUAGUUUAUCUGUAAACAAAGACAAACCACAGAGCUAAACUCUUAGCAGCUGCUAAUGUGAAGUAGCUCACCGGAGUGACCAUUGGAGUGUUUGGGGAUAAAAUGCUGCGGUGAUUUUGCACAAAAGGUCUAAACUUUGGGAGACUUUUUUCACCCACUAACUGACUGAAGACCUAUUUUUUCUUCAGUAAUGGCAGAGUGUGAGGAGAGACUCUGUGGACCUGAAGAGACUCAGCAGAAACUCCUGGACUCUGUUGACAGUCCGGAGUCCCUCUCACACAGAGCAGGUUUGUGCCGAUUUAUCACAGAGUUUACUCUUUAAAUGGAUAAAAAUAAACGCAUUUUAUGAAUCCAUAAACUGCAUUAUUCUUAAUGUCAAAACAUAGUUUAUUUUAAAUGAGAGCCUCUUACAUAUUUGCUGUUAUUUUGGACAAUAGAAGUUUUUUGUUAUUGUUGUUUUUAUGUGUAAAAGAUAAUGGUUUUAACUCAAACUGGCCAUGGGGUUAAGUCAGACCCUGUUAAAGAUAACCAUUGUGAGUAUUCAUAUAGCUAAUCAGGUGAUUAUUUCUAUUUAUUUAUUUUUAAAAAUGGGAACUGUACAUAUUGAUGAACAUUUACAUGUAAAUAUGUGUGAUUAUAGCCAAACGGCAAAUUUCCAUCCCCAGUCCCAUUGGCAGGUUAAUGUAAAACAUAAAAGCAAUAAUGUUAUAAGUACAAACAACACGACUAAGACAGUAGAACAAUGCACAGACAACAUACACAUAAUACACAUAAACAACAUACACAGACCAAAAACUACGUGACCAAUUGUAAGGGGACCAAAAAAAUUAAAGGAGAAUUGUAAAGUGCUAAUUAGAGUUUUAUGUGCUAAAGGUGUUUAAAGCGCCAUUUGCUACAGUACAGCUUGUUAAAGUGACGAGUGCAUAAGUGUGAAAUUACAUUGAAUUGCACAAUGUGCCGAAAUAUGUCAAUAGCCAAAUAUGUUGCUGUGAUACAUAUUAUGAGUUGCAGUUCACUUUGUGGGGGGCUCAGGAAUAAAGGUAGUCAUGUCACAGUUGUGGGCAGGUGUUCGACCUGGAAGGGCAAAAGGUUUUUGACCGUCGUGGCGCUAACUGCUGGUGUUUUCCUGGUUUGUUCAGUGUUGAAGAUCAAUUGCAAAUGGAUUUUGUUUGUUUAUCGCAAUAAAUUUUUGGUUUGCUGAAUCUGAGGAACAGCGUCCAGACUUUCAAUGAUCAUCACAACUCACUGUAAAACUUAGCGCAGUGUGUCAACCAGGUUACUCCCGGUCAUGCAUCUCUGUAGCUUAAAGUAUCGACUGAGCUCCUACAGCUUCUUCAUACAGCAGUAGUUCUCUUCUGCUCUUCCGUCUGAGGGAUAUUUGAGGCCCAGUGAGUUGACUGAUAAAGAGGCAAAAAUUUAUUUUUUUUUAUGAAUGAAUUCAAAAUUUUACUGAAAAGACAAACAGUACCUGUUGUGAACAACUGAAACAUCAACUGAAGGAGACCUUUCAGAUCAGUGGUUCUCAUCUGGUGGGUCCCGACCUAUAAGUGGGUCGCAGACACAUUCUGGAUGGGUCACGAACAGCUGGUCAAAAAGUAAAUAUUUAAUGCGAUAUUUAUUAGAUAUUUGAUAUUUUCUGUAUAUGCAACUUCGGUAGUUGUCGUCCACAUGUUGUCCCCGUCAUGUGCUCUGAAAUACACUUUAAAUAAAACAAGUGGAUUUAUGUGAAAGAUUAGAGUCCUUAAAGGUGUUUUCAUUAAAAAAAUAAUAAUAAUUUGCUUGGUUUGAGUUCUAUAAAAGUGAGUCGCGACUUAAGGACCAUGGGAAAAUGUGGGUCCCAGAGUGAGACCAGUUUAGAACCACUGAUUUAGUUCAUUGUCUUUUUCUGUUUUCAUGUUUUACUUAUUUGUUUUCCAUAAUUCUCCACAGACGUCCAGCAGGUGUUGGUGAUUCAAGAAGAGGUUUCUCUUGAGCAGCAGGACAGGAGCUCCUAUCUGGACCAGGUGGAUCCACCAGAACCACUACACAUUAAAGAGGAACAGGAGGAGCAGUGGAGCAGUCAGGAGGGGGAGCAGCUUCAAAGAGCGGAGGAAGGGGACGUCAGCUCGUUUAUGUUCACUCACAUUAUUGUGAAGAGUGAAUAUGAUGAUUAUAAUGAUGAUGAUGUGGAGGAACCUCAGUCUUCACAGCUUCAUGAAAACCAAACUGAAGGGAACAGGGACACACAGCAUUUAAAAACAGAAGCUGAUGGAGAGGACUGUGAAGGAUCAGAACCAAACAGGAACUUUAAUCCAGUCCACCAUUUACAACCAGUUACUGAUGAAGAGAUUACACACUCUGAAUCUGAAACUGAUGACAGUUGUGAUUGGGAGGAGACGAGUGAACUUGGGUCAGGUUUAAACCUUCUGCAGAGUAAAAAAGGUCUUAUAAGUGAUGAAGCGUGUAUGACAGAAAAGAAAUCCUCGAGCUCUCCUGAAUGUGCUUUAAUAUCAGGCAAAAAGAAACUGGGACUGAAACACAUCAGAGCCCAAGGAGAAGAGAAACCGUUCAUCUGCACAAUUUGUGGCGAAAGAUUUGGCAAAAAGAAAUAUUUAUCGAGUCACAUGAUGCGUCAUACAAAAGCGAAAUGUUUCAGCUGCUCGUUUUGUGAAAAAGGUUUUCCAAAGAAAGUCGAGCUCGCGAGACACAUGAGGGUCCAUACAGGAGAGAAACCCUUCAGCUGUUCAGUUUGUGGCAAAAGUUUCACACAAAAGUCAAGUAUGUACCAACACAUACAAGUUCACACAGGAGAGAAACCUUUCAGCUGCUCUGUUUGUGGAAGCAGUUUUCGAAGUAAGUCAAACCUUUACAGACACCAGCAGGUGCACACAGGAGCGAAACCCUUCAGAUGUUCUGAGUGUGGGAGAAAUUUUACACAAAAGACCGGUUUGUACAGACAUCAACAAGUUCACUCUGGAGAGAAACCUUUCAGCUGCUCCGAGUGUGGUAAAAGUUACACGCAAAAGUCGAGUUUGUACCAGCAUCAACAAGUUCAUACAGGAGAGAAACCGCACAGUUGCUCAGUUUGUGGAUCAGGGUUCCUCAGGAGAAGUUAUUUAGUUGAGCACAUGAGGCUCCACACGGGGGAGAAACCCUUUGUAUGCUCCGUUUGUGGUAAAAGUUUCUCACAAAAGUCAGGUUUGUACCAACAUCAACAAGGUCACACAAGAGAAGAACACCUACUGCUGCAAGAUUCAGGAAGUCCUCCAUACCAGACCCUGCAGGAAGGAGAAAACGUGUCGUAG